AUGACUGACCAAGAGGCAGCAGCGCCGCCACCCAACAACGUAUUGCCCGAUCUGCAGCACCCAACAGACAUUUUGCACACCAUCAACUUCGUUUCACAGCUUCUGGCAAUUGUGUUGGUCAGUUUCUUUAUGGUCUUGCGUUUGUACGUAAAGAUCUUCAUUGCACCACCGUACUACACUGAUGACUGGAUGGCAUUGAUAGCAUGGAUCCUAUCUCUUGGUUACAACGCUGCUGCACUUGUUGAUGGCUACUUUGGCGGCGGUUUUCACAUCUUUGAAAUUUCGAAGGAAAACUUUAAAGGAUACAAAAAGGUAUUUCCCCUUGUCUUCUAG